ACAGUUAAGUACUAGAUCUAGGAGGAAAAGUAUCCUAUUAUUACUAACAUUAUGUUGCUCUAUCAUAUUGUAGGUGCCAGUGUAUUAAUAUGCCUGCUAAAUGAAACAGCGAAAGCAAUUAUAGGUGUUGAUGAAUGUCAAGCAACUCCAGUUAUCCACUUUUUACAAUAUCCUGGAUGUGUUCCAAAACCAAUUCCCAGUUAUGCAUGUAGAGGACGUUGCAGUAGUUACCUACAGGUGUCUGGAUCAAAAAUUUGGCAAAUGGAAAGAAGCUGCAUGUGUUGUCAAGAAAGCGGCGAAAGAGAGGCCAGUGUAUCACUAUUUUGUCCGAGAGCCAAACCAGGCGAAAAAAAAUUCCGAAAGGUAAUUACCAAAGCACCUUUAGAAUGUAUGUGUAGACCGUGCACAAGUGUAGAAGAAUAUGCUAUUAUCCCACAAGAGAUCGCUGGAUUUGCCGAUGAAGGUCCGUUUACGACCUCAGCACACUUCAGACGAUCUUCUGAUUUGCAAUAAUUAUUUCAUUUAACUUCGUAUCAUAACAAUUAUAUAUUAUUAUAACAAAUGAAUAAAAAUGUUAAAAAUAAGAAAUAUUUUAUUGUAUACAUGAAACA